GGCGCGCGCGGGGGGCGGGGCCGCCGCAGCCAAUGGGCGGUGAGAGCGCCGCGGUGACGGGGGGGUGUGGUGGCGCGCGCUGCCGUAAAGCGGGGGGCGGGCGGUGCACGGGGCACUUGUCACCGGCGGCGGCGACAGCGCGGGGAGAGGCGGCCGGGCCGGGCGGGAGCGCCGUGCCGAGGGCGCCAUGGCGGGGGCGCUGGGCCGUAAGGCAGUGGACUAUGUGCGCAGCAAGGAGUUCAGGGACUACCUGAUGAGUACGCACUUUUGGGGGCCAGUUGCCAAUUGGGGACUUCCUGUUGCUGCUAUUAAUGACAUGAAGAAAUCACCAGAAAUCGUUAGUGGCCGAAUGACAUUUGCACUGUGUUGUUACUCUUUAGCUUUCAUGAGAUUUGCCUACAAAGUGCAGCCAAGGAACUGGCUUCUUUUUGCAUGCCACUUGACUAAUGAAGUCGCACAACUUAUUCAAGGAGGACGACUGAUCAAAUACAGGCUGGAGAAAAAGAACUAAAUAUGUAACUUGAAAUAAGCCAGGGAAUGUAUUCAUCCUGAAUUACAACCAAGGAAGACUUGCCAUCUACAGUUGCUGUGACAAUUACAGUGGGGAUAAAACAGAAACACCUAUUAUGAAUACCCCACCAAGAAUUCUUCUAAUUUUUUUAUCUUGCCUUUUAAAAAGUACUAUUCAGCAAUGUAAACCAUUACAUUUAAAUUUUUGCUGCCUUACAGAUCCUUAAUAACUACCCUUUUAAUAAAAAGUCAACUCAACCAAAUAACACGUAAUAUUUGAAAACCAACUUUUUUUCUAACAGUCUACAAAAGUGGCCCGUGAUGGUUUGACAAAACUAGUUUUCAAAUUAACAUGAACAGAAGUCAGUAAACAGAACUGUAGGUGGUAUCAUUGUUCUAUGUAUUAACAUAUUCUUAAAAGCCAUUUAACUUGAAUGCAUUCAUUCCUAUUCUGUCUCUUUUUUUUUUUAACUUGAGCAGUGGCUUGCUGAUCUACAAGAACAAAUGUGUAGAUAGGCAGCCUGGAAGCAACCAGCCAUCCCUCUUCCCUUACUGCAUGCCUUGUCUGAGUAAGAGACUUUAUUAACAUACAUUUUUAAGUCUCACAUUAUUUAAAGAAGGCUUGGAAAAACAACAGCAUAGCACUGAAUGAAGGAAGGCAACAAAGUUUGAUACUAUUCUUUGAGAAUUUCUAAAUGGAUUUUAUUUUUUCCCUACUGUUCGAGUUGUUCUAGAUGUAUGUAAUCCUUACACAGGCAAAAACUUAGUGUGUUUGGAGUCUAAGAUCUGAAGGACACAAAGUGCCUUUCAGUAGUUUUUGACUUCAUUGUGAGAGGGGUUUUUCUGCAUGACCUGCCUGAAAGUUACAUUGCUGUAAAGAUAAAAAUGACAAGGAAUGUAAGAGUGUACGUUACAGAUUUUUUUCAGUGCAGUGUUUUUGAACAAUAAACAUGUUCCAAAUGGCAAUAAAUCUCUUGAACACUUGUAAAA